UGGGUCAUUGUAUUAUUUUUAAAAUGGUAUUUUCAAAGAGAACCUUUUAAAAUCAGUAAAUAUGAAUAUUUUCUAAUAUAUAUAUGUGUGUUUUAAAAUAUAUUUGUGAGCAGCCAGUGAAUGGAUAAGCCUUUUUAAGUGCUGGGCACAGUCCUGGACGCUGUGAAUGCAAAGACAAAAGUAAAACUAUACUACUGCCCACAAGGAGUUCACAUUCUUGAUGGAGGAAACAUAGCAAGAAAACAGAACAGACUUUUAAAAAUUGAUGCAAGGUAGUUUGGGGGUACUAGGACUCUUAGCAGCUGGAGAGACCAGAGAAAGGCUUCUUAAAGAUUGCAUUCCAAGAGUUGGAGGUGAGGAGAUGUUUCAGGUAGGAGCGGCAGGGAGGCACUUGGUGCAAAGGUGUGGAGAGUGGAGAUGGAGCCUUGUGUGAGAGGGGGAGUAAAGUAGGUUAGUAAAGGUUGUCCUUGGAAAGGACCAAAGUGAUAUCACUACGUUAGAGUUUAGUUAGAGUGUGUCCCACUGUGGCUGUGGGUGUAUCCAGGGAAAACUAGCAUCUCUGGGAUGAGGGUUGCUUUCCACCUUUGGUGUCAUCUGAUCCACUAACUCACCUAUGGCUCCAACAAGCUAUUGCAUGCCCAGCGGCCACACCCCGGCAAAUCCUUUCAGCAGGAUUUAGCAGACUAAAUCAGGUUGAGGGUAACGGAGGGGUCUCUAACCCUGUGGUGAGCUAGGCGGGGUGUCUACCCCAAGCAUGUAAAGACUUUCCACGGUGCAAAGGGCGGAUGAGAACAAUUUAUUCUGACGGCCACAGAGGCAGGUGAGGCAGGUGUUGUGGACCGCUUAGAGCUUGAGUAGACAUCAAGGAUGUCAAGGUGAUCCACCAUAUCUAAGUCGCCUUGACUCUCCUGGGAGACACUGCCAACUUGGUGCAACCCUGCCUCCCUUGAAUCCAAUUUAGGCACGAACCAAAAGAUGCUUUUACCAAAAAACCAAAAGUGGUGGGGGGAGUCAAAUAGGAAAGCCUUCUCCGUAUUGGCCAGAGGAAAGGUCGGGAGGGCAAGAAGCCAGUGAAAGCCUUCUCCACGUUGGCCAGAGGAGUUCCUGUACACGAAUGUAGUAGCAACCCUCCUGAGUCAGCAGGUGGCUUCUGCAAGUUGUUGAGGCCUGCCCUUGAUCUUCCACCUGUCAUUACCCGGGAGGAGCCUUGCUGCCUUCCCCCAGCUGGUACCUGUCCAGAACACCUUGCCAGGCCAUUCAUUAGAUAAACAUUUAUUAAGUGCUUACUGUUGUGCUUGUCAGAUUAAGGCAGCCCCAGUCGUUCUCCCGCUGCCAGGCUCCUGGGGUGUGCAAGUUGUCUUAGGGAAGGAGAUAAAGUACUCUACUGCAGGCCAGGACCUGGGCCUGCUUUAGAAACUGAACUCACUGAAGCCUUCCAACCAUUCUGCCGGUGCGUAUGAGUGGGUGCUGGGGAAGGUAAGGCCGGGAGCGGCUCACUAUUUUGUCCAGACUAUCUUGUCCAGGAUUGCCCGCUGCUGAGACUAGCUGGAGGCAGAAUUUGAACUCGGUCUUCCUGCCUCUACAAACAAUGCUCUUUCCACUGUAGCGCCCCCAAGUGGCCACAGCCUUUGGCACCCCCGCUGUGUAGCACCUCUUGGUGGGGAGACUAGGGAUUCCAGGGAGGAUUCACGUCAAGUCUUUCUCUCAGGUUCAGCAGAUCCUUCCUAGCACUUCCCCUCCCAGCCAUAGGGUUCGGGUCACCUGGCGGCGGGGCGGGGCGAGGCGGAGGCCCAGAGGUCUUUGCGGCAUAAGGCACGGCCGUAGUCAUGGCAACGAACAACAACGCGCUUCUUUUUUCGCUCCACCGCCGCGGUUUCUGGCGCGCGUGUGGUGAUGUCAUUACGCUGGUACGGCGGCAGCGGAGGCGCAUGCGCAGGCGCACCGGCCGCCCGCCUCUUCCCCCCCCCCCAGACUCUGAAGUAGGAAGCGGCUUCGGAGCCCCAGGUUUGGGUCGCCGCUUCCGCUGUCCGAACCGAGACCCCGAGGCGGAGGUCCACGGCGGAUGGCCGAACGAACGGGCGAAAGCAGGCGCUGAAGGGACACGAAGGGCUGGUCCGGGCCAGGGUGGAGUGGAGCAGCGGCGGCGGCCGGGCCACAACGAGGCGGCUCCUGCCCCUCCCCCCUCCCCUUGCGCAGCAUUAUGGAUCCAAGCUUAUUAAAAGAACGGGAGCUGUUCAAAAAACGAGCCCUCUCCAAUCCAUCGGUGGAAAAACGUCCAGCACUUUCUGAGUCAUCCUCAUCAUCUAAGAAGAAGAAAGCCAAACUCGAACAGGGAGGGUCAUCGGGCUCAAAACAGAAUUCAGAUCACAGUAAUGGAUCAUUUAACUUCAAAGCCCUUUCUGGAGGCUCAGGAUACAAAUUUGGAGUUCUUGCAAAGAUUGUAAAUUAUAUGAAGACCCGACACCAGAGAGGUGACACACAUCCACUGACUCUAGAAGAAAUUUUGGAUGAAACCCAGCAUUUGGACAUAGGACUCAAGCAGAAACAAUGGCUAAUGUCUGAGGCGCUAGUCAACAAUCCCAAAAUUGAGGUAGUCGAUGGGAAAUACGCCUUCAAGCCCAAGUACAACCUGAAAGACAAAAAAGCCUUGCUUCGGCUCCUAGAUAAGCAUGACCAGAGAGGAUUAGGAGGAAUUCUUCUUGAAGACAUCGAGGAGGGGCUGCCCAAUGCCCAGAAAGCCAUCAAGGCCUUAGGGGACCAGAUCAUCUUUGUCACUCGUCCUGACAAGAAGAAGAUCCUUUUUUUCAAUGAUAAGAGCUGUCAGUUCACAGUAGAUGAAGAAUUUCAGAAACUUUGGAGGAGCAUCACUGUGGAUUCUAUGGAUGAGGAGAAAAUUGAAGAAUAUCUGAAGCGACAGGGUAUUUCUUCUAUGCAGGAGUCUGGACCAAAGAAAGUGGCUCCCAUUCAGCGGAGGAAGAAACCAGUGUCCCAGAAGAAGCGAAGGUUCAAGACUCACAAUGAGCAUUUGGCUGGGGUCUUAAAGGAUUACUCUGACAUUGCUCCUGGCAAACAGUGAGUGGAUUUCCCUUCUGAUCAGCUGCAUUCACAGAGGAUCUUGACUGAGGAUGCUCAGGCUGGUGUUGGCUGGCAGGCGGCCCCUCUUCCCUGACUGUGGAGAGGAAACAACUGUUUACAGAACAAGUGUGAGAUACCAGCCUCCUCCGACCUUGCUCUGAUUGAUUGACUGCAAGGUAAUUCCCUUGAGUUUGUUCACCUUUGAAAGGCAUGCCUGCUGGCAUUGUCAACACCUGAUGUUUAACUGCUUCUGCUCAUGGUUCCUUUUCCCCCUUUUGUUUUUAGAGCAAGUUUGCAGAUAGAAUUGAAAGCAAUGUGUGUUUAUUCUAAGAGAACCUAUUUAUAAUAAAAUCAUUGUAGAAACAUAUUUGAGGGAGUAGUGAAUUCUGUUUGUUUAUUUUUUUCUCUUCAGCAUUAGUUAAACUCUAGGAAGGGUUCCCAUUUAUGGGGAAACUGCAGUCCUGGGAAAGCCUCAUUGUCUGGUCCAGUUUGAACAGGACAGUGACCCAAGCAUUGCCGCUUGUUGGAAAAUUAAAGCAAUGAAGACAACUUGAAGGCAUUGCUGAAACCCUUGGAUUUUAUUUCCAAAGGACUGAAUUAUUAGAACCACAGCUCCCUCAGAUGUUUUGGGCUUAGGACUUCAUGGUCUGAUGUAGCAUUGUCUAGUCAAUGAUCACUGUGUCCAGUUUUGUAUCUAAAAAGAGUGGUUCCCACUGGCCGGAUGGCGGACACCGCCCUUCGCCCGUGGGCAGGCUCAGGGCUCCCUUCUGCUUUGUGUCUUGACCUCACUGUUCCUACUUUCCUUGUGGAUUCUUCCUUAGACUUUCUCCUUGGUCUCUGUUUCACUAGCAGUGGCCCUGCUUCCAAGUACUGUUAAUGAAGCUUUGUGGGCAACGAUGCUAUUUGGGAUUCCUAAUGAUACACAAGGAGAUGACUGAUGAAGAAGGAAGGAAUUUGAGCCACUUGUAAGAAGACUUUGGUCUUGUAAGAAGACUUUGGUUUCUGUGGCCCUAAUUCAAAAGCCACAUGCCAGUGCUCUGUACCGCAAUUCUGGUGACAGGGUAUGACUAGGAUUGCCACAGGUCACAUCCACUUCCUGGAGUCUGCUGGGGCUAAGUUCUCUUGUACUGAAGGAGAAAGUGGAAACAUGCUGGACAAGUGACAUUGUGUUCAUAUGAAUUUUCUGAGCUAAACAAAAGCAGGAAUUUAUCAUUCAGGUUUGUAUGGGACAUUGAAUUAGUUAACCACAUUUUCUAUAGAGACAGCAUAGCUUAAUGAAGAAGGCACCCAAACUUUUGUAGUCAUUCCACAUGAAGAAUUUGUACUGGAAGCAUGCAUGAAUCACAGAACUGUAGAUUUAAAGAUGAGUGGAACCCCAAAGGUCAUUGAAUCUAACCACUUCAUUUGGGUGAAGGUGAUAUGGGUUGUGGGUGACAGAGCCAGCAUUCAAACCCAGAUCCUUGAGCUCUAAAUCUCUGCAUACUGUGAUGGUUUUUCUUGGUUCAAAGGAAGUGAUGACAAUUUUGUAUUUUGUAUGUAUUUUUCUUGGGUUUCUAUUUUUUUAUUUUUUAAUUUUAAAUUUAACAAGCAUCAAAAACACAAAAUCCAUAUACAAAGUGAAACAAAAAAAGGUGAUUGUUCAUGAAGCCAUGAAUUAUUGCAUUCCAUAUGCUUUUUAAAAAUGCAGAUAAUAAAUUUAACAUUACUUUUGAA